CCAGCAGCACCAGUAAGGAGUUUCCACUUCCCAUCCUUUUAAACAUCUAGUUCAAUCAAGAAUAAAUUUAAGAAAAAGAAGUUCUAAGGAUGGCAGCUGGGAGCGUGGUUUUGCUUUGGAUGUGUGAGAUGUAUGCUUUCUUCUGAGGAACACUGUCCCACCACAGCCUUUCUCUCAGGCAGAUAAGAAAGCUUUGUGACACCUUAAACCAACUGAAAUCUUUCAAGGCACCAGAACCAAAAAAUGUUAUCCAGAGUCACAAAUGAAAGUGAGUGAAAUGACAAGUAGCAGCCCAAGGGAUGACUGUCAGCAACAGGAAUUGAUUUCAAGUGGGAUUGGAGGGAGGAAAGAGAAGGAUUCUCAGGAGGAUGGUUUGCGCUGGAAUGGCUCUGGACUGAAUGAACAGACACGGAGCAAGACUGGGCUGGACCCUGAGAGGAUCUCAACCAGGAGGAGCAACCUGGCUGUCUAACCUGCAAUGCUGGGAGCUAGGGAGAUUUAACACCACUGCAGAUGGCUGCCUGCAGCCUGGUACUUGGACUGUGGCUCCUGCUGCUUCUCCAGGAUAUUCAGACAGCCCCACAGACAUCAUUAACCCCAUCUCAUUCCUGUGAUACACUUGAGAAUUGGUUGUAUGAUGAAACUUCACAAAGCUGCUGUUAUCAGUGUCCCUCAGGCUAUGUUAAGAAGAAAGCAUGUCCUAAGGACCCAGGUAAAGACUGCAUGAGAUGUGGACCUGAACAAUAUGUGAAUGAAGAAUUCCAAAAGCCACGAUGUGAUGCUUGUGUAUCAUGCGCAAAAGAAUCUGACCUUGUGGAGAAAGAGCCCUGCUCCUUCAAUUCUAGCCGCGUGUGUGAGUGCCGACCAGGUCUGUUCUGUCAAACCCCUGUUCUGAACACCUGCAUACGAUGCCAGCAGCACACUGUUUGCAAGCCUGGUUUUGGAGUCAAAGUCAGAGGCACUUCAACAAAUGAUGUUAUUUGUGAGGAGUGCCCUUCUGGGACCUUCUCUGAUCAAAACUCCAGCACUGACAUCUGCAAGCCCCACACGAACUGUGCCAGGUUAAACAAAAUAGCACUAAGGGAAGGAAAUGCCACACACGAUCAGGUUUGCCUGGACCAACUGCCCACCUACCUUACUCCAAGCACUUUUUCCAUGAGAUUCAGCAAUGAAACAAAUAACUCUAACCUAAGGAGGUCUGAGGAUAACCUGGUGACCACUGCUAGUUCAACUCCUGAGGAGGAAACUCUGACUCACACUUUUCCCACCUCAGCCAAGGGGGAGAUGACAACGGGAGGUCUGGUUCUUUGGAGAGUGGUUCUCUCUGUGAUAGUGCUACUUGUGGGCAUGCUGUUAUUUUGGAAAUGGAAGGUUUGCAAGAAGCGGAUCCUCAUCCUCAAAGGACCAACACAUCUGCCUUCCGUCACUUCACACAAAUCCAGGCCCAGAUUUGAAGGUUCUGAUCCAGUGAACAAAUAUGCAAAGAUCAUACCGACUACUGACAGUGGACCAGAAAAGGAAUUAAUUGACAGAACCCCUCCUGUGGAAACCAACAAUAACUUGGUCUCCAGCACAGAAAAAGCAUAUAGUCCUGAUCUGAGUCUGACUGACGUGGCACAGAGCAAUGGAAAUUCCCCAGACUGCCCUAUCGAUUCUCGAGUGAGAGACCACACAAAUAAUCGAAUUGAAAAAAUAUACAUCAUGAAGGCCGACACUGUUAUUGUGGGGUCCAUUUCAGAAGUGCCUAGUGGCAAGAACUGUGCUGCUAGAGGAUGUGAAAGUAAUGUUGAUGCCCAGGAAAGCAUAGAAGAAGAGCUGGGAAUGCACUAUCCAGAGCAGGAAACAGAAUCUUUUUCCGGGAAUGAUGUAAUGGUUCCCGUGGAAGAGGAGGGAAAGGAAUUUCAUCACCCCACCACUGCCACUGAAAAGUGAUAACCCCCUGAGAAGAUGUGUGAAGCUACAGAAACGUCCAGUGUGACACUAAGCCUGAAUCUAUGACCAGGAAGGUAAAAGCGUAGUCCCUUAGAUUGUCUGAAAACUCAUGUAAAACACUGAAACACAUUCAAACAAAGAGUGCUAGAACCUAUUCCAUCUAACAAAUGAGAGGAUCACCUAAACCGUUGGCCUUCAUAGCUCAUGUCAAAUAUUUUUCUUUCCCUCUCUCUCCCAGUAUUAUGCUGGAAACAAAUUUGAAUCAAAGCUACAAAAUUCAGAGGACAUCUGGAUGGCAACUCAAGUUUCACAACUUGCUUUGUCUGUACGAAGGAAUGGAUCGAAAACUAUGUCUGAUUACUUCUACUAGCUAUGAAAUUUCUGGCCAGAAUUCUGAGUUAAGCUUGAGACCCAGCCAUGUUUCAUAUGUUUUUCUAUUCCAGUAUUACCAGUACUUCCAGUUUUGUCAUAUAUUUUGCGACGUCUGGUAUUUUUCUUAAGGCCUUAACUCUUGAAUGAAAGUAAUGACAAUUUCAGUUUUCACUAACAUAAACUGAACUCUUAAGUUUGUGGACUUCAUGUUUCUUAAGGAAAUAGGCUCAAAAAGUGUCACACGGGCUCAGAAAAAAAGAAGGCAAAUAAAACUAAUUGAAGUCUACUGUACUUCAGGCCAUUCUUUCUCAUUUUUGAAGUUUGAUUCAUGUUUUUGACUACUUCAAAUCAUCAGUAAGUGUACAAAAUGGCCUCUUCUGAUGGAAGCCACACUGGCUGAACAUUUGGAUGUUGGAUGAACUAUGGGUUUAGCCCAGCGUGGAGUCUGUAAAGAGGGAAAAGAAGAAAAAAGCCUAGUUUUCUACAAAAAGGAAGGACUGAAAAACAGGCGCAGCAGUUAUUUCCUGUAACAUUGUUAAUAUCUGCUUGUUUUAGAAUUGCUCAGAAUCAUCAGGGUGACACUGAUUUGCGUAUCUAUGCUUUAAAAAAGUCUGUUUUGUGGUCAACUGGCCUGUGUUAUGCUAUUUCUCAGUCUUUCAUGCUGCUUGUUUGAUAAGUGUAAAUGUAAUAGUGCUGACUGUGUUUUUGCCCAGGACGAUGGAAAAUGAGCAAGAUGACAAAGUGUGCCUUAAUAGACAAAAAAAGGAACCACAAAAACAAUUACUUGCUUUGUAGUUUUACCCUGGACAGAGUACUGUAAUAACAGCUGUGCAACUUCAGUGCUGUUUUUCUUAGAACACACAAAAGGAACAUAAGGACAUAAAAAACACCUUCUUGGGCCAGACCAG